GAGCGGCAGGUGUGGAUGGGGUGGAGAUGCAGGGCCAGUCCACUCCCGCCCGCACCAUCCCAGAGCCGGGGAUCGAGCAUUGGGUUAACCUCCCCAAGGAGCUUCGCGAGGGGCUUCGAUCUGCACACAACUUGGGGCGCGGUCCGGGAUGCUCAGGUUUCCAGUCCGGCGCCUGGAGGAAAGAGACUGGACCCGGGCCGCGGCGCCAGUGCGGAUCCGAGUCCCGAGACGGCAUCUGCAGAGCGGCCCAGGCUAGGGGGAGGGCGGGCUGCGGCCCCUACUGGGCGCUCUGGAGACACCCGGCAGCGCGUUCGCCGGGGACCCGCAGGUUGGAAAGGAAGAUUUUGGAAACAUGAAAAGCCAAAGAGGCACAGAAUGUAUACUGUGACUUGGAACUGGAGAGGAGGCAAGAUGCUGGCAUAGCUGUUGAACUGAGAGCCUGCUAUGCCAACAUAUUGCCAUCUUUCUUGUCUGACUGCUGCUGUGGCCACCUGCAAGCUUCUCCCCCACGUAUUGCUGCAGAAGUGUGCUCAUCCUCAGAUGUGAUUUUCCUUGAAAUGGCCGGUCUUACUUCCCUGACUUUACUAGUCAGUAUCACUCAUUUUAGACACACUGACCUUUCCAGAUAUUCUUUGAAUACAUGCAGAAUGUUCUCCCUCUUCAUUUCAUACUUCUUAUCAUUUGCAUCUCAGCGAGGAUAUCACCUCUUAAGAGAAGCCUUCCUUGAUGAUAUUCUCCAAAAUUAUUGCCACAUACCCCUGUUGCCCUUCAUUCAUACUCCUGCUUUUCCUUCCCCUCUUCCUCCUCCUCCUCCUUUCCCUCCUCCUUCUCCUCUUCUUCCUUCUUCUCAUCCUCCUUCUCCUCUUCCUCUUCCUCCUCCUCCUCUUCCUUCUCCUCUUCAUAUUUUUUUUUUACAUUUUUGUUUUGUCACUACCUGAAUAAAUACAUUUUGGGUAGUGAUAGUUAAUAUUGGUUCAGUAUGUUUAGCUGGUGCAUUAAUAAACUUCUUGUGAAUUAGGGACCUCAUUUGUCAUGUUUUUGUCACCACUAUACUCCCAGACCUUAAGCAUAGUGAAAUCUCAAUACAUAGUUUUGAAACUCCACUGUCACUUUUUCAAUAAGAAUAUGUGUUAACAAUGGAAUACUACUCAGCUAUUAAAAAUGGUGAAUUCACCUUCUUCACCCUUUCUUGGAUAGAACUUGAAGGAAUCAUGUUAAGUGAGAUAAGUCAGAAACAAAAGGAUGGAUAUGUGGUGAUCUCACUCAUAGGAAGAUUUGAAAAACAAGAUAAGAAAAGAAAACAAUAAGCAGAACUUGAACUGAAGUUGGUAUAUUGCACCAAAGUAAAAGACUCUGGGGUGGGGGGUGGAGGGUUCAGUUCCUGGAACAUGAUGGCAGAGGAGGACUUAAUGGGGGUUGAAUUGUUAUAUGGAAAAUUGGGAAAUGUUAUGCAUGUACAAACUAUUGUACUAUCUUACUGUCAACUGUAAAACAUUAAUCCACCAAUAAAGAAAUUAAAUAUAUAUGCUUGUAUGUUAAAUAUAUUUUCCAUGAGAAGUGGCUCUGCUGAAACUCUGACUCAUGGGCAACAAUAAGAUUAUAAAUAUCAUGUUUACAUCUUGGCUUACAACACUAACUCCUGAAAGGAAUUGCUAUGUAAAUCACUGAGUCUACAAAUUCCUGAAAGUCAGCCUAUCCUAGUGGGAAAGGUGAGGGCUCCAAAAUAAAACCUAUAGCAAUAUUUGAAUAUUACUAUUAGUGUUACCUGUCUGUAGGCUCUUGAAAAUUCAUUAAACCUGUGAACCUCAAUUUUCUCAAAUGUAAAAAUGAAAAUAAAUAUGUGAAUCUAUGAGGAUUCUUGGAACAAACAAGUAAAAUAAUUUAAUCAGAUGUUCUUCAUUGCAUGUCUGAAAAGUGUUUGUAAAACUUUUGAUGUGUGCAAUAAUAGAAAUCCAACACUCAGGUGUCCAAAAAGUUAAUUUUCUCUUUAGGUAGGGAAAGGUGAUUUGAUACGGAAUGUGUGGAGAUGCUAUGCCAGAGCUACAACACACGUGGAAUUCUUUCUAUGUGAAGACAUUCCAAGAAAUCAAGAAGUUGAUUGCCCAGUUUUUCAAAUUCUUCUCCUUUCUUGAUUAGUUCUCACUGCUCCUUCAUCUUAUUGUUGUUAUUGAUGCCAUUGUUGGAUAGGACAGAGAGAAAUGGAGAGAGGAGGGGAAGAUGGAGAGGGGGAGAGAAAGAUAGACACCUGCAGACCUGCUUCACCACCUGUGAAUCGAGUUCCCUGCAGGUGGGGAGCCGGGGACUUGAACAGGGAUCCUUACGCCAGUCCUUGUCCUUUGCACCAUGUGCACUUAACCCAUUGUGCUGCCACCCGACUCCCUCAAAAACAACUUUGAUAGGUCCACUUCAUGGAAUAAAAGUAUUCACUAAAUACUCUUCCAUGGUCAUGUUUUCUACAUUGGAAUUUUAGUAAAAAGUUAUGUUUUUAAUAAACUAAAUUUUAUUUUAAUGUUUUUCUAAGAAUAAAAUAACAUGUCUUGACUCAUCAUUUAUUGGUACAUA